AUGUACGACUCUGUAACCAUGGCGGCUUUGGGAGGAGUUCACUUGCAGCUUCCGCGAGGAACUGUUCGAGUUCAUCCAAUCUGGCUUUGUUUGGGUUGCAUCCCUUUGUUCGUUGCACAGCAGGCGUGCUUGCUGUAUAUGCGGUUGGGCCAGGACUUGCAGAAGCCUGUCCACGGAGAAGGAGAGAUGACAGAUGGGUUGAAAUGGAUUUUGCCAUUUGCAAAGACCCUGAUGGUUUACAUGUUGGCCCUGAUGCUCUUUCCUGAACUGCUGGGUGCUUUCCGCCUGCUGCUAGUUGUCUUGAACCCCACUACGUGGAUAGACGUUGACAGAUUCAGGCCAGAUAUCCGUGCGAAGUGGGCGUACUUGUGGAGCACGCCAGUCCUUGUCACUUCUGCCGCGAUUGCGGAAUCCCUGAAGCUUGCCAUUGGAUAUGUUGUGCUGGUGGAUUCAGUCAGCAUCGUGCUCGUCUGCGACACGGUGCAGGAAAUCAGGGGUAGGAAACAAACGCAUUGGUCAGCAAGAAAAGCAUGA